UAUCUUGUGUCUUUCUGUGUUUGUAAGAACAUGUAAGAGCAAGCUUUUUUAGCUGUAAAGACUGAUACAUUGGGCUGGACUUGGUUUCACACACCAGUGAUCAAGUGAAGUCACUCGGAGGAAUUCUUUCUAAAGUGUUUUUUUUUUUGCUCUCAACUCUCUUCCUUUUCUGCCAUCUGGAGCAGUGAAACAGUGAAGCACUUCCUACAUCUGCUCAGUGCUUGUGGGGGCUGCUGGCUGCAACCCUGCAUCUCUAUGGUAGCAAUUUUGAGGACAUGAAGACAUUGUUUUUAUCUUGCACAUCUCUUCACAUGAAGUCUAGACAUGUCUGAUAUACUGACACUUCUUAACGAACUCUCAGCUGCAUUUGACUGCACAUCAAUGGAGGUUACAGACAUCAGCUUAACUUCUCUGAGGGGUUCCUGCCCCUUGUUUUCCUUAUAAGGCUAAAAAGACUGAGUGGAAAAUCAUUUGAAUUUUGUGGUGGCUCUACUCUGAUGUGCACUUGGAUAAUUGAACCAGCCUUAUUUUUGCUGUGCUCUUAGUUCCUCUUCUUGGAUUUGUUUUUAAUGCAGGUAAUUUGUAUAAGGUACAAUAGACACUUUUGUUGUAGCAUUUACAUGAGAGUUGACUGUUUUGCAGACCUUUCAGCCUCAGCUGGCAAACUUUGAUCCAGGAGUAAAACAGCAAAAGAAGAAACCUCUCUGAAGAUCAUCCUCCAUCUGAACAAGUGCCAAAUCUUCUUACUGAAGGAACCGGUCCUGGAGACACCCUCAGGAUUUCGUGUUUUCUGGAUAAGCAAACACACUGUAUUAUGUAAAGGCAGUAUUUGGCUUCUGUGAAGGUGGAUUAGUUUUUUUGGAAGUAUUUUUAAGACUUGUAUAUCUUGCAGGGAUGAGAAAAUUGUAUGUGCUAAGGUCUUUUUUUGACCCUCUCCUUGAUCCUUUUUCUGCUUUCCUUGGAUCUUUUUUUUGGAUAGCUACCACUGUUUAUCCUGGCAGUUAAACGUUGGAUAAAAGUUCUCCGACAUUUUUUGUUAGUGGCCUUAUUGAGCCAUAAUGACGUCUCCAGCAUGGUACCACAGGGACAUUAGUCGGGUUCAGGCAGAGGAGCUACUGGCUCGUGCCGGGAAGGAUGGCAGUUUCUUGGUGCGUGACAGCGAAUCUGUGCCUGGUGCCUAUGCACUUUGUCUACUAUUCCAGCGCCAUGUUCACACCUACCGCAUCCUUCCUGAUGCAGAUGGGUUGCUGGCUGUUCAGACCACACAAGGAGUGCAGGUGAACUGUUUCCGAACUCUUGGUGAUUUAGUUUUAGGAUACCAGCAACCACAUAAAGGCCUGGUGAUCCCUUUGCUUUAUCCAGUAGUACGAGAGAUUGAGCUAGUGGAGGAGAGCUCAGAUGGGGAUGAUGAGAAGCCAGGCUCAGUGUGGAACCCUGUGGCUUCUUCUCCUGCGGCCCAGGCGCCCCCUACAGCUCAGUUACCGCCUGCAACUCAAACACCAGCGUCCCAGCUACUGCUGCAGAGAUUGCAGGCCAUCACUUCAAACAGUGUGACUUCUGAGAUGGUGACUUUGCUUGGCGAGUACUUGCGUGGUGAUGUGACGCUGGAUCUGGAGAGUAUAAAGAAAGGAGGCUCAGUACUACAUUUUCUCCAACGAAUCCUCUGCACCACCUGCCAUAAACUGCACAGUGAGAUUGAUCAGACGAUGUCCAGUUUGGAGACCCUGGCUAAAGUCUUUGACCAUCCAAGUUGUCCCUUGACUAGCCCUAAAAUCCAGAAUAUGGGAAAGGGUCCAGAGGAUAACCUUGAUACUCUACUCUACAAAAUAACAACGUUGUGCAACCUGUUAUCUUCUCUAGAGAAGAGGGUCCUCACAGCACUCCAAGAGGCUGUGACUAAUCACAACCUUUCUAUGCAGCCAGCAUCUGUCCCUGAGCCUGUAUUACCUGUAAAAUCACCUGCCAAGGUCGUCCCUGUGCAAAGCUUUCAGGUGAAGGUGGUCAGGUAUGGAAGGCAGAUGGUGUCAGUUGAUGUGGACAAUGGUGUGCUGCUCUUUGACAGGAAGACCGGCUCAUUAGGCAUAGAGACCAUUACACAUGACAGGAUUGUGCAACUGGUAAAGCUUCAGAGCAGCCCAGCUAAGCUGAGGAUGGUGUUGGACAGUCAUCACAAGCCUCCAAGAGAGCUACUGUUUGAGAGCUUUAAGAAAAGAGAGGCCUUCUGCCAGCUUCUGCAGCUGAUGAAAAGCACAAACUCCCAACAGAAUGAGCCUGAUGCCAUCUCUGUGUUUGUGGGCACGUGGAACAUGGGUGGCUCUCCUCCUCCACCUUCUCUACAGUCAUGGGCUACAUGCUGUGGUUUGGGGCUAACUCCUGAUGACUCCAUUGCUUGCCUGCCUCAUGAUAUUUAUGCAUUUGGCACCCAGGACAAUCCUCAAGGAGAAAAGGAGUGGGCUGAGCAUAUCAGAGCCACGCUCAAAAACGCUACACAUAUGGACUAUAAACAAGUGGCACUGCAGUCUCUGUGGAACAUCAGACUGGCUGUGUUUGUAAAACCAGAGCAUGCGGGACGAAUCAGCCAAGUAAACAAUGCAAGUGUAAAGACAGGCCUCGGGAAUACACUUGGAAACAAAGGAGCCAUAGGGAUAUCGUUCCUUUUUAAUGGCACGUCCAUGGGCUUUGUGAACUGUCAUUUGACCUCUGGCAGUGAAAAAGCACUUCGGAGGAACCAGAACUUUCAAGACAUCCUCAGACUGCUAUCACUGGGGGACCGGCAGCUUGCUGCCUUUGAUGUUAGCCUGCGCUUUACCCAUCUUUUUUGGUGUGGUGACCUGAACUAUCGCUUGGACCUUGAUGUUGAGGACAUUUUAAGGCAUGUGUCAAAGCGGGAGUUUGACGAGCUGAUGUAUGCAGACCAGCUGACCAGAGAGCGCCAUAAGAGAAAAGCCUUCUUUAACUUCAAGGAAGAAAAGAUCACAUUUCCACCCACUUACCGGUAUGAGCGGGGCUCCCGAGAUUGCUACCUUUGGCAGAAAUACAAGACCAGUGGGGUGCGGGUAAAUGGGCCUUCCUGGUGUGAUCGUGUCCUGUGGAAAUCCUAUCCAGAGACUUACAACACCUGUACUUCAUAUGGUUGUACUGAUGACAUUUUUACAAGCGAUCACUCUCCUGUUUUUGCUACGUUUCAAAUCAGUGUGGCUGCACAGAUCCCUAAACCAGACUCAUGUUUGGAUCGAACGUGGAUUGAAUUAGGGACAGUUGAGGCCAUAGUGAGGACUGCUAGCAAGGCCAAGUUCUUUAUCGAGUUUCAUUCUCGAUGUCUUGAAGAGGCACGCCGUUCAGCAGAAAAUGACUCACAGAGCUGUGAUGUGCCGGGGUUCCUCAAAAUGAGCUGGUCCUCAAAACAGCUUCCCAAGCUUCAGCCUUUUAUCUCAGAUAUAGAGUACAUUCGGGACCAACACUUACUCCUAUCUGUAAAGUCAUGUGAUGGAUUUGAGUCUUAUGGUGAAUGCUGUGUGGCUCUGCAAUCUGUAGUGGUCAAUAACUCAGAGUCAUUUGAAACAUGCCUGACCCACAGGGGUGAGGAGAUGGGUUCUAUCCGAGGCCAAAUCAAGGUCUACAUACCAUUGAACAAGUACCGGUCACGGGAGAGGAACUUUGAAUGGAUCUGUAUUGAAAAAGAAGAAAGGGGAUUAGUUAACAACCCCUGGUCUCCCCCACCCGCCCGUGCCCCCCACAAUCGUAUGUCAUCAUCCACCCGCACAGUGACUCCUAGUAGCUACACAAACCCAGCCUACUUUAUGUUUGAGGGCAUUCCUGUGUUGCGCCAGGUAGAGGAAGACCCCUCACCUAAACAACCCAAUGUAGUGUGGGCCAAAGACUCUGUGAUUCAACUUCCUAAAGUAACUGGAGCGCAUAGCCAUGACUGUAGAGCUGCCCGCAGGUCUGACUUCACGGAAAUUGAAAUCCCUGGAUCCUUGCCACCUUACACACCACCUUGUGACCGCCCAACUCACAUUACUCCUCAUCCAACUUCCUCAUACCAACUUUUCCCUGGACCAGACUUAUCAAAUCCUUCCCAAAUCCAGAUGAACAAGACUUCAAGUCCUUCAUUUCAGUCACAAAUUCAAAGGCCUAGCAUAACUCAGGAAUCAAUAUUACCUACUAAAACAUUACAAAAUGCCACUAUGAACAGUUCAGUCUUUACACAGGAUGUGCAUGGGCCAGUUAAGAAGGACUGUUCCAGGUUUCACCAGGAGCGACCAAUACCAGUGCGUAAUGGACCAAAGCUUUACCCAUACAUGUCCACUAGAGUUUCUCACUCCAAAGCAUCAGCUUCCUGGGUCAUGGAUCAGACACCUGCAGCUUCAGGAGAUAACUCACUAACUGCUCUACAGAUUGCAAAAUCACUGAGUGAAGUGGACUUUCUGCCUGCGUGCAAGAAGUACCCCUCCAACCAAAGGUCUGCUCUACCAAGGCAUUAUGGGUAUGAUUAUGCCAUAGCCCCUGAAACUAGUUUCUGCUUGGAGAAAGAGGUGUCAGUCCUGCAUGGAGCUCCAGAGACAGUACGAGAGCUGCUCAGUAGUCUGGGGCUGCAGCGCUAUACACUGGGACUCAGUUUAAAUGGCUGGAAUGACCUGGAUUACUUCAGUGGAAUUACUGAGGAGGAUCUGCGAGCUUCUGGUGUAACAAACCCAUCUCAUCGCAGGAGAAUCCUGGAGAAUUUGCCCAAGAUUUGGGAUUGAACUCUUUUAUAUUCCUUUCCUUGUCUCUUAGUCUUAGUAAUGAUGUACAUAUCUUUGCUUUGUUUGUGUCAGACUUCACUGUUGCUUCAGCUGCCACCCAACUGAACUUUUAUUCUCUGCCAUUCCAUCUUUGUUAUUUACUUUGUGUAAAGCAGUUACGUAAAUUAUAUUCAUUUUGCAUUUAAGAGGAUUUGAUCAUUUGAUCAUGAUUCAGCUUUUGUGUCAAUAAAAGAGUAUGAAUGUGGUCAAACUUGUGACUGUGGUACAGCUAAACCAAACACGGGUGCUAGAUAAACUGUAAUUGCUAAAUAAACACAAUUAUACCCA